CCCCCUAUGGAACGCUAACUCUGUUUCGCUGACAUGGCUCAGUGAUUUAGCGGAUUGGUUGGAACUAGCACGUGACCUCGUGACGCAAUAAGCGUGCAGCAGCAUGGCGCAUCCCUGUGGGAGCGGAUGAUGUUUAUGCUGAUGUUCAGGAUAGGCAGUUGCCUGAUGCUGUAUUGAAAUCAUUUAUAGACUGCGAGUCAACUUCUGAAGUGUUAAAAAUGCCUGAAAUUAAAGUUACGCCUUUAGGUGCAGGGCAGGAUGUUGGGCGCAGCUGUAUCCUGGUUUCUAUUGGAGGCAAGAACGUGAUGCUGGAUUGUGGUAUGCACAUGGGAUACAAUGAUGAUCGCCGCUUUCCAGAUUUCUCAUACAUAACACAAAAUGGACGUCUGACUGAAUUUCUUGACUGUGUCAUUAUCAGCCACUUUCACUUAGAUCAUUGUGGAGCACUCCCUUACAUGAGUGAAAUGGUUGGCUAUGAUGGACCUAUUUACAUGACUCACCCCACUAAGGCCAUUUGCCCCAUCUUGCUGGAGGAUUACAGGAAAAUUACAGUGGACAAGAAAGGAGAGACUAAUUUCUUCACAUCACAAAUGAUCAAGGACUGUAUGAAAAAGGUGGUUGCUGUGAAUUUACACCAGACUGUGCAGGUAGAUGAUGAGCUGGAAAUCAAAGCAUACUAUGCGGGGCAUGUUCUGGGAGCUGCUAUGUUUCAGAUUAAAGUUGGAUCCGAGUCAGUGGUAUACACCGGUGAUUACAACAUGACACCAGAUCGCCACUUAGGGGCUGCAUGGAUUGACAAGUGUCGUCCCGAUUUGCUCAUAAGUGAGUCAACUUAUGCAACAACUAUCAGAGAUUCCAAACGCUGCAGAGAGAGAGACUUCCUGAAGAAAGUCCACGAGACAGUGGAGAAAGGUGGAAAGGUUCUGAUUCCUGUUUUUGCUCUAGGACGAGCUCAAGAGCUCUGCAUAUUGCUGGAAACUUUUUGGGAACGAAUGAACCUCAAGGCCCCUAUUUAUUUCUCUACUGGUUUGACAGAAAAAGCAAACCAUUAUUACAAGCUGUUUAUCACAUGGACCAAUCAGAAGAUCAGGAAAACCUUUGUACAGAGGAACAUGUUUGAAUUUAAGCACAUCAAGGCUUUUGAUAGAGCUUUUGCUGACAACCCUGGACCUAUGGUGGUCUUUGCAACUCCAGGAAUGCUGCACGCUGGUCAGUCUCUGCAAAUAUUUCGCAAGUGGGCAGGAAAUGAUAAAAACAUGGUGAUUAUGCCCGGUUACUGUGUACAAGGUACAGUGGGCCAUAAAAUAUUAAGUGGCCAGAGAAAACUGGAAAUGGAAGGACGACAAACUCUGGAGGUAAAGAUGCAAGUAGAAUACAUGUCCUUCAGUGCACAUGCAGAUGCUAAAGGAAUUAUGCAGCUGAUCCGUCAGGCAGAGCCUCGUAAUGUACUGCUGGUCCAUGGAGAGGCCAAAAAGAUGGAAUUCCUGAAGCUUAAAAUUGAACAAGAGUUUAGAAUUAACUGUGCUAUGCCACUGAAUGGAGAAACUGCAACCAUCACCACCAAUCCUAACAUCCCUGUAGAUAUAUCUUUAGGGCUUCUGAAGAAAGAGAGCUCUCUUGGGCUGGUUCCAGACUGUAAGAAGCCAAGACUGAUGCAUGGGACGCUCAUAAUGAAGGACAAUAGCUUCCGCCUUGUUUCUCCAGAGCAGGCACUGAAAGAAAUUGGCCUUGGAGAGCACCAACUACGAUUCACUUGCAGGCUGCAUGUCCAAGAUACCCACAAGGAACAAGAGACUGUGCUGCGGAUAUACAAUCAUCUGAAAAGUGUACUCAAGGAUUACUCAGUGCAGCACCUCCCAGAUGGUUCCAUUAUGGUGGAGUCUAUUCUGCUGCAAGUUUCAACCCAUUCAGAGGACCCAGGAACAAAGGUUCUGUUAAUUUCAUGGACAUACCAGGAUGAGGAGCUGGGAAGUUUCUUGACAUCUUUGCUAAAGAAAGGCCUUCCACAAGGAACAAGUUAAUUCUUCUGCACCUGGGGUGUAUUUGUACCAAUGUGAAAAAAGCAACAUGAGCUUGGGCACCUUGAGUGUCGGACUGGUUUAGAGGAGCCGUAAUGCCCAUAUUAGGAGUCCAGGCUGCAGCAAAACAAAUUCAAAAGACUAUUUUUUCUAAAAUGUGUGAUGCUUCUCGGCUGCUCAGUAAGAGAACACUCCGUAAGGAAGGGCUUGGUCUAGGGUGUGAGAUCUCUGUUAUUUGUAGCGUUUUCCUUUCUUCUCUUUGGAAUCAAUCUGCAGAGACAAGAGGGGCUACAUUGCUAAUACUGGAUAUUUUUUAAUAAAAUGAUUGUUUCACAGCUUA